UUCAAAAUUCAAAAUCAAAUUUCUGGCCCCUUUUUCAAUAUUUUAAAAUAAAAUAAUUAACACAUACAAAAGUGAUAUACGAAAAUGAAUACUGACGAUUUUAUUUAUCUAUUUUUCCUAUUUUCUUCCAUAGGUUUCGGUACUUAUUAUCGCAAAAUCGAAAAUGUCGAUUCGAAAAAGAAAAUUGGGGCCCUUGUAGGGUUUGUAAUAGCUUUAGCAGUCUCCAGGCUGCAUGUUAUUCACAUUUUAAUUACAAUUUUCGUAAACGCAAUGAUUAUUUUGUAUGCCAACAAAAGGUAUUGUCACCUGAUAAGUUUCCUUUUCUCUUUUAUUUAUCUGAUAUUUUUCCGUACAACUAUUUAUUUUGGUAUACCGUACCCACCUAGUCACACAAAUUUGGUACAAAUGAUUUUAACAUUGAAAUUAGUUGGUUUGGCUUUUGAAAGAAACUCUUCCACCAAUGAUGAAAUAUGUUAUUCAACAAUCAACUUCACUGAAAUAUUUUACUAUGGACUAAAUUAUAUAGGAAUCCUGACAGGGCCUUAUUUCAAAUACAAAACCUAUUUUGAUCAUUUGCACAAACCUUACCACAAAUACGACAAUUACAAGAUUGCUGCCUUAAACAAAUUCUUCCCUUUGGUUCCUAUUUAUUCUAUUAUUUAUUUGUUUACUGAUUACAUGUGGCCCAUAGACUAUACUCAAACCAAAGACUUUGAACAAAGAUCCUUCCUUUAUAGAUAUUGGUACAUAUGGCCAACCUUUUUAACAUUCCGAAUGAGAAUUUAUAUAGGGCUCACUUUAUCUGAAUGCGUUUGCGUUUUGGGUGGUUUAGGAGUUUAUCCUGUUUCGGCCAAAAGUAGGCCUGGUAAUGGACCAACAACAGCCAUUACAGAAUCAUUAGAAUAUGAUUAUGAGACUGUGCAUAAUAUAAACUCGUAUGGUACAGAAUUUUAUCCAACACUAAGAGAGGGCAUGAAAAAUUGGAACAUGACUGUUCAGUAUUGGUUAGCGACUUGCAUUUAUAAAAAAUUCCCUAGUAAGAAGUUUAGGACAUUUGCUACAAUGUUUGUAUCAGGAGUUUGGCACGGAGUCUACUCUGGAUAUUAUAUUUCUGUUGGGAUGAUACCUUUUGGGUUAAUUGUUGAAGACAUUUGGGCCAGUCUUUUAUUGAAAGAUGAUUCUCUUGUGCCAAAACAAGUCGGUUACUUGAUAAUGCUUUUCCUCAAGAUGCAAUUUUUUUCUUAUUCAGCUUUGGCCUUUAGUUUGCUGGAUGUCCACAAAAUAAUGCAUUAUUACAAUUUGGUUUAUCAUUGGAUGAUAUUUUUUUGCAUAGUUAUGUACUUUAGUGGAAGGUAUUUAGUGAAAUUGAAGAAAAUUAAUGCAACAGAAACAAAUAGAGAGAAUACUCGAAAAAUGAGGCUGUACCUGAUCGGCGCAACCCUACUGUGCCUGGCUGUAUCAUGUCUGGCUAACCCUGUCAUCAUCAGUGUACCAACAGAAGAACAGAGUUUAGAUGUGAAGCUGAAAGGGGAAAUUCAGGAAGCUACCCAAGGAGUGUUCAAGAGUGAGGAUGGAAUUGAAGCUGAUGCUAAACCAACUGAAGCUGAUUCAGUUGAAGAAGAAGCCACUACCAGUGCUGCAACUGAAGUAGCUGAAGCUACAACUUUGGCUGUUGGAAAGGCUAAAGAAGGCCAUUCCCAUAAAAAACACCACAAAGCAACAGGUCGUCAAUCUUCGGAUGAUGAUGACGACGACGACGAUGACGUUCUAGGAGAUGACGGUGAAGAUGACGACGAUGACACAGCAGCCGAUGAAUCUGAUGACGACGAUGACGAUGAUGACGGUGGAGAUUACUUUGAAGGCCUUUUCGAUGAUAUUUUAGGAGGAGAUGAUGACGAUGAUGAUGAUGACGAUGACGACGAUGAUGACGAAGACGAGCCAGUACAAUCUUCAGGAGUCACUACUAAUACCGCUCAAAAUACUGCCGCCCAAGUUGCCGCUGCCCAAGCAGCCGCCGCCCAAUCAGCCGCCCAAUCCGAAAACGCCAUUAUCCAAGAAGAAACUCCCAACGAGCAAUUGAACGCAGCCGAAGAAGCCGAUGGUGAAAAUGAAACAGGUACGGAAAUCGUUCAAGAAGACGACUCAAUUUCUGAAUCCCUGAUCGAAAAAGACCCGGAACCGAUUGCUCAAAAUUCCGUUCAACGUCCCAUCAUUGUUGAACCGGUGCCCGCUAAUGAUGAAGUAGCUGACGAUGACGAUGAAGAAGAGGAAGAUGAUGAUGAUGAUGAUGAUGGUAUUGGCAGUAUAAUUGGUGACGAUGACGAUGAUGACGACGAUGACGAAACUGACGAUGACGAUGACGAAGACGAUGACGAAGGUGAUCUAUCAGAUGUGUUGGACGCAAGGAAAGCACGCACCCUAAAAAAUCAACCAAAAAUGCCCCAAAUCUACAUAUCAAAAUACAACAGGUUCGUCGAUGCUGUUUUGAACAGGAUAAACAGAUUGGUUGGCAAACAAUACGAUCCUGUUAGAGUGAAACUUUUAAGCCAAGCUCAACUGAAGAAUAUUAAAAACAAAAAGACAAAAAAUAAUGCCUCAGCCAAAAUCCAAGAGAAAACCAACAAAAUGGGAGAACUUGAAUUGGCAAGAUUGGAUAGUAAUGGCAAAUAUGAAACAGUCACUGGUGCAUCAGCCCAAUCCGAACCUGAAUUUGUGCUAAUUUCUAAAACUGGCAGUUCCGAUAAAACUACAGGAAAAACUCAAGUGCGCCGAGCUACGCCUGCAAGACAAAAUAACAAGAAAAAGGUUACUAAUAACAAGAAGAAAUCAACAACAAAACCAGGAACCAACAAAACCAAACAAUCCUCAAAUACCAACAACAAACAAAAAGCCAAAGCGACUCUAUACGGAUUGAGCACCCUAAAACGUGACGGCGAUGUCGUUGUGAACAUGCUCUCCGAUCACACAACAGUCAAAACCAAUUUCGUCCUAGGCCCUUUGACUUUGAGAGUAGAGCGAGAAGUGGCACGCAGCGGCAAACGCGAGCUACGAAGUGCCACAGCCACAACGGCCGAAAUGUACGGAAGAUUGAAUUUGAGGCUGGUCAAUGGAGGCGUUGCUACUUUGCAUUCGAUUAGAGUAUUGCAACCGAAACAAGUUCGUAUUGAUACGGCAGACAAUCAUGAUAAAACUACUGAGUUUAUGUGGCAAAGGAGUCCACAAAUUGCCUCAAUUGUGUCGCAAAAGUUGGGAGCUGUUGCUAGGUCUAUGUUGAAGCCUCCACCACAACCUAGACCUUAAAUCAAUACGCAACUGGAUCAGAAAAUAUAAGACUGGGAAAUUGGGUGCUA